GGUGUAUCUUUCUCUCUUUCCUCCCAGUCCCUUCCUCGGAAGUAGACGUAUCCCGUCUAUAUUCCGUUCUUAUUUUUUUUUAUAUUUUUAUAACGACCCCUUUACAUUCAAAACUCACGAUGGAUGACUAAACUGGAGUACGGGUCCUCGAUUCCACCCGUCUUUCCUUCUGCUUGGAUCGAGAGGACCGGAUGAAACCCAACUGUGGUUUUCUCCGCUUCGCAGGGGAGGUAGCUGUAUCCAGUGGGGAGGUAGGCCCGACCUGGGGAGGACAGAAUGAAGUUCGCCCAACCCUGGGGACGCCAGAGGCUGUCUUUUCUCCUCGAGAAUGCUGCCUCUAGGGAAGCCAAGAUGUGGAGGAGCUACGUGCCAAAGAAGCCCACCUCCCAGGAUACAGACAUCUCCCCGACUCAGCGGGAUGAGGCCGUUCGCUGGCUGACGGAGCUGCACAGCAGACUGCAGCUGUACCCAGAGACCCUGGCGUUAGCUGUUAGCAUUCUGGACCGCUUCCUCGCUCCCAUCAAGGCCCGUCCAAAGUACCUGCGCUGCAUCGCCAUCGCCUGCUUCUUCCUAGCUGCCAAGACCUGCGAGGAGGACGAGCGUGUUCCCCCUCUGAAGGAGCUGGCUGCUUCCAGUAACUGCGGCUGCUCUCCGUCGGAGAUCCUGAGGAUGGAGAGGCUCGUCCUGGACAAACUGGACUGGGAUCUGCACACCGCCACCGCACUGGACUUCCUGCACAUUUUCCAUGCGAUGGUGAUGUCGUGCCAUUCUGGGUUUUUGGACUCUGUGUCCGGAUUGAACCGCUCCCAGCACCUCGCCCUCCUCACACGGCGGCUGUACACCUGUCUGGCUGACAGCACUCUCAUGCAGCUCAGAGGAUCCAUGCUGGCCUUGGGCCUCAUCAGCCUGGAGCUGGAGACCUGCUGUCCUGAUUGGCUGGCUCUCACCAUCGACCUGCUGAGGAAGGUUCAGAUCGACAGCUCUGAGUUGAUUCGCAGCAGAGAGCUCGUUGCACGUAGUCUGUCCACACCGAGAGCUUCCCUGCCUCCCAACACCGUUUACAUCUACCAACCCCUGCAGCUUGCAAUCCCGGGACGCCCUCCGACCCGCUGCUCGCUGGGGACCAUCGAGACCUCCAGGGACCCACCCGCCCUGCCUCAAACAGCUGCUGCUGGAGAGGAGAGCACCGACAGCACAGCUCCGCUCCCUUCACCUAAACACCUCAACCAUCUGCAGAAGGUCACUCUGCGCUGCAAAGCCUCCACCAAACGCAAGGUGGAGCAGAUGGACGUGGACGACUUCUACGACGGCAUCAAACGCCUCUACAAUGAAGACACCACGCCUGCCAUCCAUGAGGCGGCCACACCCGCAGCGGGGGCAAUAGCAACAGGAGGAGGGGGAGGAGUCUGUAAAGGUAGCUCCUCCCCCUGCCCUCCUCUGCAGCCGGUCAGCGCCUCGUAGAGACAAAAACGGCCUCAGCAGCUCAUCGGACUCCAAACGUUCAGAUCAGAUUCUGCUUUCAGGAUCUUUUCAUGAUGGAAAACUCCUUCCUGAGCUGCAGCGUUUCUGUCUGGAUAAAAACCCAGCAGCUCGGCCGUAAACGGUUCUGAUCUGCUGCUGAGGAGGUUUUUGUGGCAAACGAGGGCGCCAGGACUUUGAGCCGUUCAGCUGGAACUGACGUCAGCUCCCAUCAUCCCCUGCAGCUGGAAAACAGAGCCCAAAAAAAAAAACUAAACAUCCAAAAUGUUUAAAAAAAAAGACUCAUCUGCUGUAAUGAUUCUGUUUAAUACAAAUAAAAAAAUUUGAAAACCAUAAAAAAAAAAUAAACUAUAAACGUAUAAAGUUUCCUUUAAAAAAAAAAAGACAUCCUCACCUUAACGUGUCGCUGCUGGUGAAGAUUUCACUUUAACUUAUAUUUGUUUUUUGUGUCUUCCCGUUUUUAUUCUGCAUGUUUCUCCACCUUUCCCCCAAUAACACCUUAUCUGCACUACUCACCUGGUGCCAUUAGCUUGAAUGUUACAUUUAAGAAAGACUAAACCUUUAGCUGCCAAACACUUUUUUUCAGUUUACCUUGAAGUGAAUGCAUGAGAAGUAUGUUGUUGCUUUAAGGCUGUUUUGGUUAAAUGAAGCCCGUGCAUUUUAAAAAUAAGCCCAACAAGUCGUGGUCUGAGUGUGGUAAACAUUAGGGUGAAGCUCCAGAUCUUGAAUCUUGUUAGUUUUCCCUGUAAAUGUGUCGAGGUUUAAGGAGCUUUAGGAGACACUCUUCUCUCCUGUUUAAAAGGUUUUACCCUCCUGCACUUCUGUUUAAAUUAUUUUCCUCUGUAAAAUGCUCUGUUGUUCCUGCUGAAGGAGCUGCUGGUGGCUGCUUCAGGACCCUGAAAACACUAAAUAAAAGACUUUACGAGA